AUGGCUUUUGGAGACAAACUUACACACAGAUUCCAUAAAUCAUCUGAUGCCUCAACUGGUGCUGCUUCAGUGGAGGAGUAUUCCACCAGCAUUCAUGAAAAAUCUGAUAAAUCAGCUAUAGGAAAAUUCCUAGACAAAAUUGCCGUGCAAGAGGAAAAAGGAUUGUCCGUUUCGCAAACUUUCCUUUUCAACUUUGACUUGAGACCAGUCGAAAGCGCUAGAAGAGUAUGGAGUUGGUUUAACUAUGUGUUCUUCUGGAUUGCUGACUCUUUCAACAUCAACACUUGGCAAAUUGCUGCUACUGGUGUCCAAGCUGGUAUGAGUUGGUGGACUUGUUGGUUAUCAGUCUGGGUUGGUUAUUUCUUGUGUGGUAUCUUUGUUACUAUCAGUGCUCGUGUUGGUAUCUACUAUCACGUUUCCUUUCCUGUGAGUUGUAGAAGUUCGUUCGGUGUUUUUGGAUCUAUUUGGCCAGUUUUUAACAGAGUGGUGAUGUCCUGUGUCUGGUACGGUGUGCAAGGCUACAUUGGUGGAACAACCAUGGCCUUGAUGCUUCGUUCCAUUUUCGGGAAUGACUUGAAUACAAGAAUUCCCGAUGGAAUUUCUUCACCAAACGUUACAACUUUUGAGUUCCUGUCUUUCUUCCUGUUUUGGUUAUUUUCUCUUCCAUUUAUUUGGCUUGAACCUCACAAGGUUCGUCAUUUGUUCACCGUCAAAUCUUAUGUCGUCCCAGCCAAUGGUAUCGGACCCAUCGUGAAGCAACCAUCCACUAUCCACGGAUCGGAGUUUGCUUGGGAAUUCAUUCGUAUGGUUAUGAACUCUCUUGCUAACUUUGCUACUCUGAUCACCAACGCUCCAGAUUUCUCCAGGUUUUCAAAGACUAAGAAGUCGGCUAAGUGGGCACAACUGUUUUCCAUCCCUCUGUGUUUCUCCAUUACUUCGUUGAUUGGUAUCCUGGUCUCUUCGGCUUCUACCGUCAUUUACGGAGAAACUUACUGGUCGCCUAUUGAUGUUUUAGGAAGAUUUUUGGACAACUACAACUCGGGUAACAGAGCUGGUGUCUUUUUCAUUUCUCUUGCCUUCGCUCUGGCCCAACUUGGAACUAACAUUUCCGCCAACUCUUUGAGUGCUGGUACCGAUGCCACUGCUUUGUUCCCCAAGUACAUUACCAUUCGUCGUGGUGGAUACAUUUGUGCUGCAGUUGGUUUGGCCAUCUGUCCGUGGGAAUUGCUGUCAUCUUCAAACAAAUUUACAACAUACUUGUCUGCUUACUCAGUGUUUUUGUCCGCUAUUUUUGGUGUGAUUUUUGCUGACUACUAUAUUGUUAAGAGAGGAUGGUUAAUUUUGACCGAUUUGUACAAUGCCGAAAAGACAUCCGCCUACACAUACUGGCAUGGUAUCAACUACAGAGCUUUUGUUGCUUAUAUCUGUGGUAUUCUCCCAAACAUUGUCGGAUUUGUUGGUGCUACUGGUGCAGGUUCCGUACCCCAAGGUGCUAUGUAUGUUUACGACUUUAACUUUUUCACAGGAUUUGCGUCGUCCAUUGUGGUCUAUGUGCUUCUGUGCUAUAUCCAUCCAAUUCCAGGAUUGCCAACUGACAUCAAGAAGGAUCUCUUCAAGAAGGGCUGGUACGAAAUCUACGCUGAAGUUGAAGAGUUCGAUGUCAGUGGAGGAGUUAUCAAUGGUGAGGGACAGGAGCCCGAAGAGGAAGCCAUAGAUUACUACAGUGAAGAGAAGAAGGUAUGA